CUUUUGAUGGCCUUGUUUGCAUUGUGAUGGGUGUAUUGUAACCAGCACGUCAAUAUAAGCACCACUGUAAGUCGAGGCAGCAUUGUCCAGCCUAAACUCUGGAAAGGCCUGUGUUUCCGAAAAGUGCAAAAAGUCCCACGUUUCUCCAGAAGUCUAUCAAUGUUGUUUGAGUUUGUGGCGCUUGUUGUUUUUACCUAUUCCACAUUUGGGCAAGAAUCUCCAUUGGCUGAACAACCACCACCGCCGCCGCCAUGGAGGCCACAUGGACCAUUCGGCCCCGAAAUGGGGCCAGGAAUGUUACGAGGACCAGGAAGAUUUGGAGGAAGAGGGUGCGGAAUGCGGCGACACAGACAUGAAUUUGGAAUGCCGUAUAGACCGCCAAUGCCGCCACCACCAGAAUUAGGUGGACCGCCAAUGCCACCACCACCGGAAUUAGGUGGACCAAUGCCACCACCACCGGAAUUAGGUGGACCGCCAAUGCCACCACCACCGGAAUUAGGUGGACCGCCAAUGCCACCACCACCGGAAUUCUUCAGACCGCGAUUCGGUCCAGGGCACAGGUGGUGACAUGACACUUGCAAAGCGGUGUAAAUUUGAGAUGAUACAUUCACAAAUCUUGGACUCAAUAAAUACAUGCAAAUUAUGG